AUGUUAAUACGUUACAAAAGUGAAAAGAACAUUAUAAAACUGUCCCUGAUCCUUAUAGACUGUAUCGAAAACUUUAGUGCGUUGGACUUCUUCAGUAACAUUGACGAGUGGGACAAUGAGUCCGAAACUGUGACAAUUGGAUUUCUAGGGGCGUAUGGAAAGUCCCAGGUGGUUUUAGGAGCCCUCCCUGUAGCCGUUGAGGCUGUUAACAGUAAUCCAGAUCUUCUUCCUGGAAAGAAAUUGCACUACAUAGCAGCUGACAUUGGAACAAAUUCUAACGCAAACUCCGAGGAGUACGACCGGAAAAAAUCAUCGUCAGCCGCUAAAGCCAUCCAAAUAAUGACGGCAAUGAGAGAAAAUGGCACGAUCGCUUUUAUUGGUCCAGAUGACACGUGUUUUUCCGAAGCUUUGGUUGCAGCAGCUUGGAAUAUUCCCAUGAUCUCAUACAAAUGCAGCGAUACCAGCGUUUCAGAUAAGCAUAUCUUUCCAACAUUUGCCAGAACACUACCCCCGUCGAGCAAAGUUUCAAAAAGUGUGGUGGCCCUAUUAAGGACAUUUGAUUGGCAUUGUUUUGUUUUAAUAUCAGGAUCGCAUCCAGGAUCCGGCAGUGAAGUCCGGGCUGCCAUUGAGGAGCUUUCAGCUAUUCAUGGUCUAGUAAUAACUGACAUAAGGACCUAUUAUACUGAUUACAUCCCACAACAUAUCGAGCAAAUGGACAACAUUGUUGCAGACACUUAUCAAAGAACCCGUAUAUAUGUGUUUGUUGGUGAGCAUAUAGCCCUCAUAGAUUUUAUCAAAUGCCUUCAACGACGUAACCUCUUGUCGUAUGGCGAAUAUGUGGUUAUAUCUGUUGAUGAUGAAAUUUACGAUCCGAACAGAAAAGUCAAUAUAUUAAGAAGAGAGUAUCUGGAUCCUUUUAUUUCAAAUCCUUGGAAAGACGGGACAGAUCUAACUGGAUUUCGUUCCGUAUUAAAAAUUAGCCCGUCAUACCCAACCAAUUCCGAAUAUGGGAAAAUCGGAGAGGCUAUAAAGUCUUGGUCUACAAAACCACCCUUCUGUGUGCCCUACCAUCAACGAAUAUUUAAAAGUAUUUCGGUCCCUAUUGAAGCAGCUUAUUUAUACGAUGCCGUAAUGAUUUAUGCGAAGGCAUUAACCGAAGUUUUCGCUAACGAGGAGAACCCCAAAGAUGGGGCAAACAUUGUGAGACGCAUAUCCAAUAAAUCGUAUCGUUCGAUACAGGGAUUCGACGUGUAUAUUGAUGGAAAUGGAGAUGCGGAAGGUAACUUUACCAUAGUGGUACUGAUGGAUGACGCCGAGUUAAAUGGGAGCUUUCGCAUGAGUAUGCAACCAGUGGGUUAUUUCCAGUAUAAAUCCGGUGGGAAUAUUCAUCCAGAGGAUUUACCGGAAUUUCGAUACAUUAACGAUUCCAAACCGAUCCGUUGGUUGGGGGGAAAAUUACCCCCGGCCGAGCCUCCUUGUGGGUUCCUAGGAGAAAAGUGCGUUUAUAAGCUAGACUGGAGACUGAUUUCUGUCACCACAUUCGCUACCUUUAUUUUCCUAAUUACGACCCUGUUCAUUAUCAAAUAUUAUCGGUACGAACACAAACUGGCGUGCGUACUAUGGAAAAUAGAUGUAAAAGAUAUUAUAGUAAUUCCAACGGAAACUGUAGAAUCAUCUACAGGGAAUCAUAAAAGCAUGAUUCAAGUAUACCGUCAAAGUGUAUUUCGAGUGCCCAUUGGUAGUUGUGAUGGGGGCGAGUCAACGCCGAAACGAGCUUACACGCGUAUCGGGAUAUACAAAGGGAGUAUUGUGGCAAUCAAAAAAAUUCACAAAAGGACAGUUGACUUGACACGAUCGAUAAGAAAAGAACUUAAACAGAUAAGGGAAGUUCGAAACGAAAACUUGAUACAAUUUAUUGGCGCUUGUGUUGACCCUGGCAACGUGGCUGUUAUAACGGCUUACUGUGCUAGGGGAAGUUUAGAAGACGUCUUGGCCAACACUGACUUACACCUGGACAAAAUGUUCAUUUCGUCUUUGGUAUCUGACAUGCUGAAGGGGUUAAUGUACCUUCAUGAAAGUGAAAUUAUUUCACACGGAAACUUUAGAUCUAGUAACUGUCUAAUUGAUAGCCGAUGGGUUCUUCAAAUAACCGAUUUUGGACUUCACGAAUUUAAGGCCGGUGAAGAUACUUCGGAAACGGAAGCAAAAGAAUUACGAAGAGCUCUAUGGAGAGCCCCGGAACUGUUAAGACUUUACCCCCAUGCUCCUUCCAGAGGAACACAGAAGGGAGAUGUCUAUUCUUUCGGAAUUGUGCUCUACGAAAUAUUAGGAAGAAAUGGACCAUGGGGGAAAAUAAAUAAAACCGCUGAAGAAAUCGUCGAAUUGGUGAAAAAAGAAAAUCAGCCAGACCCUUUUAGGCCAAGAUUAGACACCCUUAACGCCGACAAUUAUAUAAUACGAUGUAUAAAGUUGUGCUGGUUAGAAGAAUGGGAACAAAGACCUGAUAUCCGGUUUGUGCGGAUCAGCCUAAAGGAAAUGCAAGCAGGAUUGAAGCCAAAUAUUUUCGACAACAUGCUUGCAAUUAUGGAAAAAUAUGCCUACAACUUGGAAGGUUUAGUCCAAGAAAGGACAAAUCAGUUGAUGGAAGAAAAAAAGAAAACUGAAGCAUUAUUACACAGAAUGUUGCCAAAGUCUGUUGCCGAAGCUCUCAAAAGAGGGGACCGAGUUGAGGCAGAGAUGUUCGACUGCGUCACCAUAUACUUUAGUGACAUUGUCGGUUUUACAGAAUUAUCGGCAGUUAGCACCCCGUUACAAGUUAUCAACUUGCUCAACGACCUUUACACGCUUUUUGAUUCCAUCAUAUCAAACUACGAUGUGUAUAAGGUAGAAACAAUAGGGGAUGCGUACAUGGUGGCUAGUGGUUUGCCAAUAAGAAAUGGGGACAGGCAUGCAGGAGAAAUAGCAUCGAUGGCUUUACAUCUUCUAAAUGAAAUAAAAUUGUUUGAAAUAAAACACCGAAAAGGGGAACAAUUGCAACUGAGAAUAGGAAUUCAUUCGGGGAAAUGUGUAGCAGGGGUUGUAGGCCUGAAGAUGCCCCGAUACUGUCUGUUUGGCGACACUGUCAACACUGCAUCCAGGAUGGAAAGUACCGGACAUGCAUUUAAAAUUCACAUAUCUAGCGAAACGUAUAUACUACUUCAAAAAAUCGGGGGUUACACUUGCGAAGAAAGGGGUCUCACCCAAAUAAAAGGAAAGGGCGUUAUGAGGACAUUUUGGCUGAUGGGGGAAAGUCCCCAUCAAAAGGAAAUUCGACUGAAGAGAUACACGCUAGAUCAAAACGAUACCCCCGAUCUCCUGAAAAGCCCCCAAAUGAAAAUAAAUGAAGUUUUUAAUUUGCCAUCAAGUAGUAGUACUGAACCAGCGUAUCUUCAGAGUGUACUGACCAGGUCCCCAAAUGGCUAUCGCCAGGAUAAUCACACAAACGAAGACAUGAUGAACCACUAAUAUUAAUCUUUAAAAAAAACAAAUCAGAAAACUUUAUUUUAUUCUAUCAACUGAAUUUUUAUAUUAACUAUAC